CCCCAUUCCAAUACUUGGCUCUAAAAAGAAGGUUGUUUCAUCCCUUGCGUUCAAUCAUUCGGCUAUUUGAAGCCAUGGCUUCCUCCACAUAAUACUGGGACCUGUCCGUCUCUUUCCCUUGUAACAAUCUAGUAUUCGUCACAAUGGCUGUGUCAACUUCUGGUCAAGCAUACAAGUUAUGGUUCCUGGCGACAGGUAUUGUUUUUCUGUUUUUUCUUCUUUUUGCCUUUUACACCGAUUCUAUAAAGUCGCCUUUGGAGUACGCCCAUUCCAAGGCAGCGGAGUUUUGUAGCGAGUCCGCGGCGUCACAAACUACAACCGAGCCCGAUCCCACAGAGGGAAAGUUCGGCAACUGCCAAGACCCCUAUCGACGCCCAGGCUUUCUCGUCGUCCCAGCAGAGGAAGAAAGAUACCGAGAGACCCAAUGGAUGCCAUUUACUAGCAAGUUUCUCAACUCUGAGGAUCCAGAAACUGCAGCGUAUCCUCCCCACCCAGGCGAGCUCAUCUUCAACGAUACAGACGUCCCACGAACAUUUCUUAAAGGAUCGGACAUACCCAUACAAUGGAUGAAGAUAGCAACAAGAGAGAACCGGCGUCGGCAGGAAGCGAUGAAGCAUAUCAAGAACGCAACCGCAGAAGACUAUGUCAGGAUGAGAAACGAUGGUGACCUCGGAUGGCUCUGGGGUCGCCGAGUUGUGUCAUUCGGCGACUCUGUUGACAGGCGAGCAGCCAGGUAUGCCUGUCAUGAGUUCGGCAGCGACAUGGUCUUCCCCAAACUUCACCCGAUAGAGCAGUGGCCCAUGGGUAUCUGCGAGAUCCCGGCGCUCAACCUGACCUUCACUGCCUUUCAUUCCGCAGGUGGCUUUACCUACAGGCCCGACUGGUUCUGGUACAAGCAGAUGCGAAUCAUCCCCUUUGAGCGACGCUGGGAAGAGCUCUGGCAACCACAUCAACGAGAUAUCCAGGGACCCAAUGGCAGACCUGACCUGAUUCUGUGGCAGAACGGCCUCUGGGAUCAACGAGGAUUCCAAGUCGGCGGGCAAAAGCUCCACGAAGGACAGAACGUCACCCUGAAUGGAAGACACAGAAAGCUAGUCUGGGACGAACUGCACUUCUUCCUGGCUCGCACGAAGAAGUAUGCCGAGAUGAUCAUCAGAGAGUUUCCGGACACGCCCAUGAUGUUCAGAAGUUUAACGUAUCACCAAAAGACUGGAUCAGGAGAUAUCAUGGUAAUUGAGAUGGAUCGCCUUGGACGGGCUUUGGCAGAGCAGUAUGGACAUGAGGUGUUUGAAUGGGGUCGUAUUAUUAGUCUAAUGGGGCAUUGGUAUGAGGAUGGUACACAUCCUGGUGAGGGGGCUUUGAGUUGGUUAUGGGGAAAUAUGAUUCUUGAGUAUCUUGCAAGAUCAGCGGGAUCGGGGCUUGGGGGCGAUCAUAGAUUUCCGUAUUUCGAGGGAUGGGAUAGGUGCCACGAUGAACUCGUUGGGUGGGGAGGGCGAUAGAAGAGGUUAGUCAUUUAAUUAAGCAGCGACUUCUUCUCCACCUAAGCUAAGCAGGUGACCCGUGUUAUUAGCUAGGUAAUUAUACUGAGG